AAACAGCGCUAGGGGGACAUAUGCCCAGAAGCGUCACCUGCUUUAACCAGGGGACUGCCAGUGCGCCAAAAUUCAAAUAUUAUUAUAGCGGGAUCUGUACUGUACGCUGCAGAAUUUAUACUGUGCGGUUGAUAUCAUGGCUACCCCACCGAAAAGAUUAUGCGAGGAGAUGUCUUUAUCAUCCUCAUCUUCCUCCUCUCCAGGCAAGAGCAAGGUCAAGAGGAUAUCCAUAGAGGGGAACAUUGCUGCAGGUAAAUCUACAUUUGUAAAUAUUUUGAAAAAAGCCAAUGAGGACUGGGAGGUUGUUCCUGAACCCAUUGCCAGAUGGUGUAAUGUGCAAAGCAGCCAAAAUGAAUUUGAGGAGCUAACCACAUCCCAGAAAAGUGGAGGUAAUCUUCUCCAGAUGAUGUAUGAGAAGCCGGAACGCUGGUCCUUUACCUUUCAAGCCUAUGCUUGUCUGAGCCGCAUCCGAGCACAGCUGAAAGCUUUUGGUGGUAAACUGAAGGAAGCUGAGAAUCCUGUGCUUUUUUAUGAGCGUUCCGUUUACAGUGAUAGAUAUAUUUUUGCUUCCAACUUGUAUGAGGCAGAAUGCAUGAAUGAAACAGAAUGGACAGUUUACCAGGACUGGCAUGAGUGGAUGAAUUCUCAGUUUGGUGCAGAUCUUGAACUAGAUGCAAUAAUUUAUCUUCGAGCAAUUCCUGAGAAAUGUUUAGAAAGAAUAUAUUCUCGGGGAAGGGAAGAGGAGCAAGGAAUUCCUAUGGAAUACCUGGAGAAACUUCAUUACAAACAUGAGUGCUGGUUACAUCACAAGACCAUGAGGAUAGACUUUGAGUACCUACAAGAUAUUCCUAUCCUAACGUUGGAUGUAAAUGAAGAUUUUAAAGAUGACAAGAAAAAACAAGAGUGUUUAAUUGAAAAAGUUAAAGAAUUUUUGAGCACUCUAUAGCAUAAUGAAGACAAACUGACCUGCGCCUGUUUCAGAAAUGGGGUCCUGUUGAUAAAAAAGAUGGCACUUGUUUGACUGUAUUUUUUUCUUUUUUGCAACAGCAUUUUUUUAAACUUAGAUCCAUGCUCUGUUUUAAGCCCUUCACUGUAAGAUAGGGAAUUGGUAAUCAGCCAAGGGUUUUAUGUUUUUUUGGGGGUUUGUUUUUUAAAUUAAAACACAGUAUUUUAAAAGGAAUGUAUGCAAUCAUGGGCAUUCCAUAUAUUUAUGAUCAACUGCUUCAUGUAUUUAAACCAACUUGAGUGUGUAAAUAUUAAUGAGUGGGGGGAUUUUUUUUUAGGUCUGUUUAAAAAAAAAAUUAUAAAAAAAAAUAAAAUAUUUUUUUGUUCUAUGGGGUUGAUUGUUAUGCUUACCUGUGUGUACAAAUUUGAAGCACAUGUAGGCAACCCUUUUUGUACAUUUCUAAACAAUGUCAAAAUAAAAUAUAUUCUUACAUUUUUAA